AUGGAACCUCUUAAGGAAUUGCAGGAUUGCGAUAUUUGGGUUUUACUCGACGACAGGCAAUACUGUACGCCUGAUUUCGAUGCUGAAGCGAAGAACGAGCUGGUUUCCGCGGUCGUCAAACCGUUGCCUUUCGAUCGAAUCUUGGGUAUCGGAAGGGAUGCUAUCCUGUAUGCCGAUCCUACCUCAGACGGAUUUGCAGAGUAUCACCAGUCACUGUCAAAGGCAGCACGCACCAUGAACUUACGUUAUCGGCUUCGAUAUCGCCGCAGCAAGUCUCAUAUUAGCCGACCUUUACCAGUCAGCGGCUAUGGAGUGGAACUCGCAUUAAAGAAGACAGAUUACAUAGUGAUGGAUGACAGACAUUCCAGCCAAAGCACGGAGCAAAGCCCCAAGGAACCGGUGGAAGUUCUUGAUGGAACAGACGACGUGGCCGACUUAAAACCCCUUUCCACUUCUGAGCUUUCUUCCAUUGGAAUGAAAGCUGCGUCGUUUAUCAAGGACAGUGAUCACCCGUUCGACACCCUGGUAAAACUCACACAAGACUUCCCAAAAUUCGCAUCGUCGAUAGCCUCUCGGAAUGUUUCAAUUGCGUUUGCUGCUGAAAAUAAGCAGAAUCGAGCAAAGAAGAUGCGGGGUGGUAUCAAUUUUCUAUGGAUGAACGGAGCACAGCUCACUGACCGAGAAAUCCAGCCUUUUGCGCUUGUAAACAUGUUACGAAGCGAAAGGAGGCUUGUUGAUGGGAUUCGAGAUUUGGGGUUCGAUGGAGAACAGGCUGUUGCCCUUCUGAGCCACAAAGCAGUGUCGGCUGCUAAGGAAGACGAUAAACCUUUUCGUUAUGAUUGGACAGAUAAGUUGGAGGGUGGGCGUGUAAUUCUAUGGCUCAAUGACUUGGAAAAGGAUGACAGAUAUGCUUCAUACCCGAAGUCUUUGUCCUCAUUGCUUCAAGGCACCUUCCCUGGCCAAUUUCCACCGAUUGGUCGAAAUAUAUUCAACUUGGUCAUUCCCGCCGACUUGUCCAACACUGAGGAUCUAGACUUCAUCUCCGAGGUAGAAUCUAUCAGGGAACGUGGUAUUCCGAUUCGAUUCGGACUGGUACCGCUGCAGCUGUCUGAUGAAGCCAAGACUCGGGCAAAGGUCGCAUAUUUUCUUACAGAAAACUAUGGUAUCGAAUCUACGAUAUCGUACAUUUCACAGCUGGCUAAGGCCCACCAGAAAAUUGCUGAUUCCAAGACUCUACUCUCAACGAUUACCGAGAACCAUACACUUUUACCUGGAGGCGAGGACAUGUCGUUGUCUAUGAUAUUGCAAGCAAGCGCCUUUACUAAGAGGCUCUUACAAGCUGAAAAAUGGGUCAAAAGAUUGAAGGCCGACACAGUCGUUCGUCCAUUGUUUGUUAAUGGUGUUUUAGUGCCUCGUGACCAAAGCUGGAUGCAAUCCCUUAGCAUGACAGUCUCACAGGACCUCCAAACUGUACAAAGGGGAAUAUAUCACGGCGUCUUAGAUGAUGAUACCUGGACUGUUGGAGUGUUUCUCGAGGGGGCUGCCUCACGACGCAGCCUUUAUAUUUCGGAAGCCAAUGAGAAAACCUUGCGAGUGUUGAAUAUUGCUAAAAUUUAUCGCGAGAAUGCGGACUUAUUUGACGCAGUUCCGGUUUUCGAUUCUUAUGCCGAAUCAACACAAGAGAACUGGGCAGUUGUUACCGUACUUGCGGAUAUGUCUUCGAGGGCUGGUCUUGAUGUAAUUUUGUCAGCCCUAGAGUUUAGACGCAAUAACCCGGCAAUCCGUCUGGAUUUCGUCGACACGCAAGACAACGCCAAGAUGUCUUCUCAGGUCAAUAAGGCUUUGAAGGCGAAUGAAGCUAAGUUGAAAGACAUCGAAACCGUACAAGACCUGGAAGAGCUCCUUAGUGAGGCUUCGAAUUAUGAUGCCAGCGAUGACUUUGCGGUAUCUGUAGCAAGAUUCCUCGCUGACACUAAGAUACCGACCAGUUCACAGGUCGUGAUUAUGAACGGACGAGUGAUAGGGCCCAUAGCACCAGAAGCGUCUUUCGACGCCGAGGAUUUCCAGCAGAUAUUGGCAUAUGAACAGACACGUCGCAUUCUCCCCGUUUAUGCUGCGGUUGCAGACCUAGGCUUGAAUGAAAAAAUUUCAGAUUCUAUGGCGGCUGCCAAACUCAGCUCCAUUAUUGCGCUGUCAACGCUUUCUGAUCUGCCUGAAGGAAUCUUUGAAUCCUCUUCACCGAUCCGUUCUGCCAUAUAUGCCUCUUGGAAUUCGAGCCACACGGUAAUAGAAUCGGGCGACCCGAAGAAAUCAAGCAUACAUAUUGUGGGAUUAUUGGAUCCUGUCAAUGAAACAAGCCAGAGAUGGGCCUAUAUUCUGAGAUUGCUUGCAGAGUUAGAUGGCGUUUACGUCAAACUCUUCCUAAAUCCCAAAGUUCAGGUUGAGGAGCUUCCUGUGAAACGAUUUUACCGUUAUGUCGUCGAACCAACACCGAAAUUCGACGAGAAUGGGAGUGUCAAAGCCUUAACAGCAACUUUUUCAGGACUCCCAUUAAACGCGUUGAUGACUGUGGGGAUGGACGUUCCGCCAGCCUGGUUAGUCGCACCAAAGCUGUCCGUACACGACCUCGAUAACAUUCAACUAAGCGCUGCAAAUUCGGAUGUUGAAGCGACUUACGAACUUCAACAUAUUCUAAUUGAAGGGCAUUCUCGCGACGAUCAGGGAUCAGCCCCGCGAGGUGCUCAGCUAGUCCUGGCAACAGAAAGCCAGCCGCUUCUGACAGAUACUAUUGUCAUGGCAAACCUAGGCUUUUUCCAAUUCAAGGCUAAUCCUGGCGUCUAUAAUAUCCAGCUUAAAGAGGGUCGAAGUGCCGAGAUCUUUACUAUUGAAAGCAUUGGUGCUCAGGGAUGGGAGGCAGCACCUGAUGACGAAGGCAGCGAACUUGCGCUGAUGGACUUUCAAGGCACCACAUUAUACCCGCGACUCAAGCGCCGUCCCGGCAUGGAAAACCAAGACGUUUUAGAGCACACAAGCAACCUAUCCCAGGGCAACAUAGUUUCCAAAGGCCUAAAAUUUGCAGAAGGGCUCCUUGGCGGGAAAGGAAAAUCCACUUCAGAUGUACAGCAUGCUGAGAUAAACAUAUUUUCCGUUGCGAGUGGGCAUCUGUAUGAGCGGAUGCUCAAUAUCAUGAUGGUUUCUGUCAUGCGCAAUACGAAACACAGUGUCAAAUUUUGGUUCAUAGAACAAUUUCUCUCACCAUCGUUCAAAGAAUUUAUACCGCACCUGGCAAAGGAGUACGGUUUUAAAUACGAGAUGAUCACAUACAAGUGGCCACACUGGCUUCGGCAGCAAAAAGAGAAGCAAAGGGAGAUUUGGGGAUAUAAAAUCCUUUUUUUGGACGUUCUCUUUCCGUUAUCGCUAGACAAGGUCAUAUUUGUGGACGCUGAUCAAGUUGUUCGCACCGACAUGAUGGACCUUGUUAACUUGGAUCUAAAUGGUGCGCCGUAUGGCUUUACACCGAUGUGUGAUUCUCGAACGGAGAUGGAGGGGUUCCGAUUCUGGAAGCAGGGCUACUGGGCGAACUAUCUUCGUGGAAAGCCAUAUCAUAUUUCGGCUCUUUACGUCGUGGAUUUACGCCGUUUCCGUGAGCUGGCCGCUGGUGACCGACUCAGACAACAGUACCAUGCUCUCUCGGCGGACCCGGCUAGUCUGUCAAACUUAGACCAAGACUUGCCUAACCAUAUGCAAUUUCAAAUCCCAAUCCAUAGCUUACCGCAAGACUGGCUUUGGUGCGAGACGUGGUGCAGUGAUGAGAGCCUCGCAAAAGCUCGGACCAUUGACCUAUGCAAUAACCCUCAAACCAAGGAACCGAAACUUGACAGGGCGAGGAGACAGGUCCCGGAGUGGACCAUAUAUGACCAAGAGAUUGCUGCUCUUGACUUGAAGCGGAAACGACGCCUCCAGUCAGACGCAACGGAAACGUAUAGAACAACAUCAGAAGACGGAGAAGUGGGGGACCAUCGCUCAAAAGAUGAACUGUAG